UUUGUGAACUACACAACACAGUUGCCUGCAGUAAUGUAGUAAUGUAAUGGUCUGUUUGGUAGUCAGGAGUACUCAAUGAUGGAAACGCACCCAUUGUGCCGGCUCUGUGUAGAAAUUUGUAGCAAUUGCCAAAAUCUUUACGAUGAUGAAGGUAACAGUACGCAUGUAUAUGAAACGAUAGUCAAAUAUUUCGAUCCUAUGCUGCUGAAUUUGGACAUGGACCAAAAAAAUACGGUCAUUUGUUUUCGGUGUUGGCGCAGCAUUAGCGAUUUCCACGAAUUUCAGCAAAUUAUAUACAAUGCCCAAAAGAAAUUCUCUUUGGGAAUGGACCAAACGACAGACAUUAAACCAGAAGAUGAUAAGCUGAACGAUCAAUUAUCAGAGGAUGUUGUAGAAGACGACCUAGACGAUGAGGAUAUGUUACUUGUAGGACUGGAAAUUAGCGUAGAGGGAGAUGAUGGAAAUAAUUCUCUUACGGAAGAAUGCUCCGAAGAAAAUUCUGAUUCAGUUGAGAUUGAAUCGGAAAAUGAAUAUUCUAGGUCUGGAAAUGACAUAAACGGAGCAAACGGUGAAAGUAGAAGAUCUGACAAAAUACACGACAGGUCUGAAAAAGGCAUGUCAUUUACAUUUAAAGAAGACAAUACUCAAGAUCACAAUUCAGGUGAAUAUGGCUCUGAAGAUGAAUAUACGUGGAAAGAAUUACAAGGCAAGACAAGGAUGGAACAGCCUACAAUAAAAAGCCACACAAUGGAAGCAAUCAGCGAACACAGGAGGCCUAACGAAAAAAACAUUCCGGAUGCCGAAAAUAUGUCUUUUACAUCUGAAGAGGAUUCUCAAGAUGGCAAUAUAUCACAACCAAGUUACGAUGAUGACCAUUCUGACACCAAAACUCCCACGGAAAAUGAUAAAUAUGCCAGGCAACGUAAGAUACAGGAAAUAGACGAGUUUAUAGCAAAAUGGAAAAAAGAUCUUGAGUGUGUGGUUUGCUCUGAACUUUAUCCAAACGUUGAUACACUACGUCGACAUUUUCGAGAGUGUCAUCCCAAACAUUACUUUCAUGUCAUCUGCUGUCAAAUUAAAUUGCGACAUCGAUCCCAUAUCUAUGAACACAUUCGGAUACAUCUUGAUCCGAGUGCUUUUAAAUGUGAUGUUUGCGGAAAAUGUUUUAAAACAAGCGAGAAUAUGAAUAAACACAAGGUUCAGAAGCACACGGCAAAAGGUCAACAACUUUCGUUUGAAUGUUCAAUGUGUCAGAAGCGAUUUUAUAAGAAAUGGGCACUUAAACAUCACAUGAAUACACACAAAACUGGAACGGAUUACGUCUGUGAGGAAUGUGGUAAAGGAUUUGCAACCGAUGAAAUUCGGAAGUUGCACGAGCGAAGAGUACACAAUAUUGACAGAGUUUGUGAUCAAUGUGGCAAGACUCUCCAUGGUGCAUAUGCCCUGAGACAACACCUCUUGGAUCAUCAGGGCAUUAAGAAACCUAAAUGGCCCUGCGAUAUUUGUAAAGCCCAAUUGUCCUCACAUUCCAGCCUGAAACGCCACAAAAAGGUGGCUCAUACGGACGGUAGUACCGUGUACAUUUGUGGCGAGUGUGGAAAAAUUGCCGCCACCGAAGAAGCUUUGCAAAAACAUAAAAGUGUUGUGCAUCGAGCCGAGCGUAAAUAUAAAUGUACAAUCUGUGAUAAGGCCUUUAAGACAGCGGUUUAUUUACGUGAACACAUGACAACUCAUACUGGUGAAUCCCUAUACACGUGCCCACAUUGUCCAACAAAGUUUAGAGCUCGUUCGAACAUGUAUCAUCAUCGGAAAAAAGCACAUCCCAAAGAAUGGGCUGAGAGCAGACUAAAUCGUCCAAUCAUAGCGAAGGUCGAUAUAAAUCAAGUCUCCAACGAAGUAGUUAUGUGAAGAGAUGUGAAAAAUUGAAUGUUUUCGGGAACAUUGCACGAUUGUCAACAGACCAGGUGUAUCGUCUGUAGAUCUUAAUCUUGGGUAAAAAUUGUACAAAAUGUUACAGGAUGUUGUGUGUUUACAUAAAGGUCCAAUAAAAAAGAGUGAAUCAAGAGUGAAAUACCUAUGCUGAGAAGUUACUGGGUUUCACUGAUACAUAUCAGGUAUUUAUAUGACUGGAAAAUAGAAAAUGUUAGUUUAUUUUGAAAAUAUUAUCAUUUUUAUUGCAGGGUAUAGUCUGUCUGCAAUAUCUAUUCUAAAAUCUUAUGAGUGUUUUCGACUCAGAAAUUGUAAAGCAAAUGGAGAAAAUAUAUUUGGUCAGCUGAUUUCUAAUUAAUUCUUACAAAAUGUAUGUUGUAACUUUCCUAGUCAUGAUACAACCAUUGCAAAGUAGGGCAGGUUGCUUUAAUUUGAAAAACACAACUCGCCUUAUUAACUCAUAUUAAAAAAAUAAAAUAGUAUCAGUCGGUUUUGCCGACAGAUGUA